UCAAAAAGCCCCCAGUGAUCACCACCCAGCCUGAGUCCAUCACCGUGUUCGGUGCUGAAGACAUCCUCCUGACCUGCGAAGCAUCAGGAAACCCUCCUCCGGAGUUUCGUUGGAAAAGGAUGGGGUGGAAUUUAUCCCAGCCAAUUACCCGGGCCUGUCGAUGUCUCUGGGUUCCGGAACCUUCAUGACAACAGGGGCAGGGUCAGGACCCAUGAGCCAAUACCAGGGCAAAUACAGCUGCUACGCUGAUAACGAGCUGGGCACCGGCUGUCUCUAAAGAGGUCCAGCUCAUCACUGAGAGACUCCGUCACAUUGAGCUGAAUGAUCGCGUGACCCAAGGCCGGGAUGGGAACCUCUACUUCUCUCACGUUACAGCCGACGACAACCGCAACGACUACACCUGUAAUGCCCAGUACCUUAGUGCUCGCACCAUCCUCUCCAAGGAACCCAUCAGCCUCACCGUAACCAUCUCUAACUCAGUGGUGCGGAACCGAAGACCCCAGAUGAUGAGGCCCUCAGGGGCCCACAGCACUUACCACACCCUCCGGGGCCAGAGCCUGGAGCUGGAGUGCAUCGUCCAGGGCCUCCCUACCCCUACAGUCCAGUGGGUGAGGAAGGACGGUCAGCUGUCCGAGUCUCGUACACUCAGAGAUCUGUCUGACCGCCUGCUGCGCUUCAGUAACAUCUCAGAGAGCGACGGGGGAGAAUACCAGUGUUCAGCCAACAACUCACAGGGCACGGUCACACACAUCUACACCGUCAGCGUCGAAGCUGCUCCGUACUGGACCAAGGAGCCCGUGAGCCAGCUUUAUGCCCCAGGAGAGACAGUGAGACUGGACUGUCAGGCCGAUGGCAUUCCCUCGCCUGCUGUCGCCUGGAGCAUGAAUGGAAAUCCCAUCACAGGUAUAGACCUGGACCCCAGGCGUACUGUGAGACACGGAGUUCUGAUUCUGAGAGAUGUGGUCUUCACUGAUACAGCAGUCUACCAGUGUCAGGCCCACAACAAACACGGAACCAUCCUAGUCAAUACCUACAUCUUUGUCAUCGAGCUGCCGCCUCAGAUCCUGAGUGCGGACGGACAGACAUACACUGUCACAGAGGGACAGAAGGCUGGUCUACACUGUCAGACAUUUGGGUCUCCCAGACCUAAAGUUACAUGGGAGGUGGACAAUGGCGCGUCUCUACUGGCUGACCCCAGGGUUAACCUGCUGACCAAUGGAAGCCUCCAGAUCACCAACAUCUCCCAUGACGACGAGGGCCUGUACACCUGCUCCAUCAGCAACACCAACAUGUCAAUCAACGCUGAGCUGGAGGUGCUGAACAGGACAGUGAUUCUGUCUCCUCCCGGGGACCUGUGUGUUAGGCCUGGGAAGACGGUCAUAUUUACCUGCCUGGCUCAGGUGGACUCCAAACUGACCCCCCCACACAUCCAAUGGAGGAGGAGUGGACAGAAACUAAUGCAGUCGUACGCUGAGGACAAGUACACGUUUGAGGGCCCCGACCUGAUCGUGGCCAACGUGCAGACCGAGGACGAGGGGGUUUACACCUGUGAGGUCAUCACUAACCUGGAUAUGGCUGAGGCCAGCGGAUCCAUCACGCUAGUCGACCGUCCAGAUCCUCCCACCCAGCUCCAGGUCUCUGACCCCAAAGACCGUGGAGUGACUCUCAGCUGGACCGCUGGAGAUGACCACAACAGCCCUGUCAUAGAGUUUCGGGUGGAGUUUAAGGAUCAUGUUUCUAACGAGUGGGGUUGGGAGGAGCUGAAACGUGUUAGUGGAACCGAAGAGAGUGUGAACCUUGCCCUGCAGCCCUAUGUGUCCUACCAUUUCCGGGUCAUCUCCGUCAACGACAUCGGGAAGAGUGAUCCCAGCACGCCUUCUGACCUUCACAGCACGCCACCUCAAGCUCCAGACAACAACCCUGAGGAUGUGAGGAGUGAGUCUACAGACCCAGACACCCUGGUCAUCACAUGGGAGGAAAUGGACAGGCGUGUGUUCAACGGACCGGAGUUCCAGUACAAGGUGUUCUGGAGGAGGGUAGUAGGUGACGGCCCCACCUGGCACUCUAAUGUCACCACUGAGCCACCGUACAUUGUUACUGAAGUGGGCAACUUCUCAGCCUUCGAGAUCAAAGUACAGGCUGUCAAUCAGAAAGGGGAGGGACCUGAGCCAGACCCUGUCAUUGGCUACUCCGGAGAGAAUGUCCCCCUGGAGGCUCCUAUGGAUGUGGGUGUUGUGCUGCUCAACAGUACAGCCAUCAGGGUAACAUGGGCAGCAGUGGACAGAGAUACUGUCAGAGGACACCUACUGGGAUACAAGAUCCACCUGACAAGGUUUGGCUCCAGGGGCCACCACCGGGGUCGGAGGGCCAGAGAACCGGAGAGCAGCAUGGUGGUGGAGACAGGGGCCAAUGAGGAGAAGAGGGUCCUGGGGGGCCUUAGACCCUACUCCCACUAUGCCCUCACAGUCACUGUGUUCAACAGCAAGGGAGAGGGGCCCCCCUCCGACCCCCCCCUGUCCUUCAGUACCGACGAGGGAGCUCCUGGCCCCCCCAUGUCUCUCCACCUGGAAAGCCCUGCAGAGACAGAGAUGACCCUUCACUGGACCCCCCCUGCUCAGCCCAACGGGGUUCUCAAAGGAUACCUGCUGCAGUAUCAACAGAUCGUGGAGAGUGAUGACAGCCCGGUGCAGGUGGAGACCAUAGACGACCACACGUUGACCAAACUGACCCUGAAGCAGCUGGACCCCAAGAGCCGUUACCGCUUCUACCUGAGGGGCCGCACCUCGGCCGGGGACGGAGAGCCCAUUACUAGGGAGGGCGCCACCACGCUGGAUGGAGCUCCUCCGUCCAACAUCAGCUUGUCUGUAGGUGAGAAAUCUGUUAACCUGAGCUGGGUGCCAGGCCAGAGACACAGGAGUGUGGGCUUCCAGGUCCAGUACCUCAACAAGAACAGCGGUGGAAAGUGGAAGCAGUCUGAGAAGCUGAACUCGUCCCAGUCAUUCUACCAGCUGAAGGGUCUAACCCCAGGAUCACAGUACCGGCUCAGAUUUACCUUCAGCAACAACACCUUCUGGGAGACUGAGAUCAGGACAGAGGGAGCAGGAGUGGUGGAUGUGCAGACAGGCUUUGCUACUCAGGGCUGGUUCAUUGGGCUCGUGAGCGCCAUCGUGCUGUUGCUGCUGGUACUGCUCAUCCUCUGCUUCAUCAAGAGGAGCAAGGGGGGAAAGUAUUCAGUCAAAGAUAAGGAGGAGGGUCAGGUAGACUCUGAGGCGCGCCCUAUGAAGGAUGAAACGUUCGGAGAGUACAGAUCUCUAGAAAGCGAUAACGAGGAGAAGCGGACAGCCAGCCAGCCGUCUCUGUGUGACGAGAGCAAGCUGUGUACCAGUGAGGACAACCUGGAUGGCUACAACAACGGCAGCAGUGCUGUCACCGAGGUGAACAUGGAGGAUUCCCUGGUCAGCCAGUACAGCCGGCCCAGCGAAGCCACCCCGGACCCGGGUACACUGCAGGACAGCUCCCCCCUCAACCCCACCGCCACCACCCCAACACCCACCAACAACGGCCUGCCUAACGCGGCGGCCAUCUUAGAUUAGACUAAAGUAAAAGGCCGCCAUUUUAGAUUGAAGGUUACUAAGGCAACAGGACUGUCUGUCAGACCAAAACAUAUCUGUCAACAACAUGUCAACUAUAACAUGUCAAUGAUACAAACAUGUCCACAGCCAACACCCUUCUAGCUAUCUAUAAUACAUGGGUUUAUCUACUCGACUGACAUUUCCAUCAAUAAGCUCACUGACUAUAUGAUCAAUAUACUACUGACCAUUUAGAUACAUCUGUUGUUCAACAGGGGAGAGUGGGGUAAGUUGAGCCAUGUUUUACAUUCACAAUCACCCAGUCAUUGGAACUAUAGUAUUCUUUCUAACAAAGAUAUCUACAUAUAUUUCAGGGUGUGUCUCCCUGGAAAUAAUCCAAAUGAAUAAACAUGACAGUUUUGAAAACAGCUUAUCCAAAAAAAAGUGGUCUCUUGCCACAGUUUACCCUGGGUAUAGGAUAUGUUGAGCUACGGGACGGAGUAAAUUAAGCUGCUUACAAAUUUCUGUACUGAAAUAUUACCACUACCUUUUUAAAUGUAUUUCCCAAACCCAAUUCCACACAACCACAAUAGCUUUUUUUUGUCUUUUAGUCAUUUAACAGAUGCACUAUGCAAAAAUUGCUCCGCCAUUUCCUGGUUGCAAAAAUUUGAAUAGUUCGCAUAAUUUCAGUUUCUGCGACAAAACAACUCAAAAUGGAAUAGAUUUCAGCUCUACAGUAUAUCUGACAUGGUACAGGUGUCUUCUUUUUUGUAAGCUCAGAACCAUGUGUGUGAGGUGUAUACAUUGUUUCAAUGUAGGUUGGUGCUCACAAGAGACACUCUGUGUGACCCAGAUUUAGCCCACUUAAGCACAUUUUAAAACCGGCUUAACACCUAACAAACACUUUGUACUAUUUUUUAACACUUUUAACAUUGGCCUAGCAUUAUGCCUGGGAAGAAAACACUUCAAUUUGCUCAACUUGCCAUUGUUUCAACCAUGGCUCAUCUUACUCCAUGGCCAUUGGCUCAACUUACCCCAAGGCAAACAUUUUGAUAAUAUUAGCCCAUAUAGCAACAAGGAUGCACUUUCAUGCUAGGUUUAGGACCUUAUAUCGAAUCUUAUAGAGACCCCAAAUUAUGUAUAAAACCAUCUUUAAAUUAUCUACUUUGGUUUAGACGGAACCUCUCACACAAUAAAUUAAUUUUACUUGGUGAAAAUAAUUUUUGGGGACAUAACUUGCUUACCACUUUUUCCAUGUGCUUUCAUCCUUUACAGACAGAUCCUACACAGAAAUUGUGACCUCUUCCUAAAUAUUUGGUCAAAUGAUACAUUUUGUGUGUGGUUUCCUAGAAACAAAGGUAGCUCGACUUACCCCUUUGGCUCAACUUACCCCACUCACCCCUAAUGUUAUCUCUCCAUCUGACAGACUGGGCUAUUUGACCAAAGGAGUGUCCUUUUGAUAAGACAGGCCGACUGACGUGACAGACAGACAGACAGACAGACCCACCUCAGCCUAAAGACGUCCCGUGACCCGUCUUUCUCUAUGUAGUUUACAACAUACCUGAGUGACAGACCUUCAUAUCUCGUGACUCCCCCACUCUUUCUCUCUCACCCUCUAUCAAAUCAUUGUGACAUAUUGGACUGGGAGAGAACGAAUUAUGAAAAAACGAUGCUAGGAAGAGAAGCCAAUGUAAUUUCAGGUAUGAUGGUACACAGACGUGAAGGGAAGAUGUGGAUACAUGGGAAGGGAAUGAUUGACAGACAGAGGCUUGCGGGAGGAUACAGACAGCGCAAGCUAAUGUGGGUUACAAAUGGCAAGUCUUACAGAUGUUUAUUACGUUCACCUUUUUAUAUUAUUUGCCAUGAUUUCAAUCUCUACAUCCACUUUUUUAUGUCUUUGACAGUUGGCAACAAUUUUUUUAUGAUUAAUUUAUUUUUCUACUAACUUUUUGAAUACAAAAAGUCAACAUUGUUUUGCUUUGUAUUUUCUCAUUUUUAAAAAAAAAGAAGAGAAUAUAUUGUUUUAUAGAUCAUUUGCAUAUAUGAGGUGAUUCAUAUUUAGAUUUGUUUUCUACAUAUUUCUACAUAAAUCAAGAUAAUCAUAAUUUUACCCUAGCCAGGUUUUCAUAGUAAAUGAAUUGGGUGAAAAUGCUGUAUAGCAUUAAGCAAAUCGGUGUAUUUUUGUGCAUUACAUCUAUCUAUCUAGCCAUAUACAGUAUUAUAGAUACAGUAUGUAUGUACAUGUUCAUUAUGAGUUCCAGUGCCUACUGGCCCUCUAUACAGAGCACCAGAUUACAUGCUUACUCUAGUCUAUUCUACUUUACUCUCGCCUUUUCACCACAAGUGUGAUGUCAUUAUUGGUAUGAUAAUGUAAUUUAUGUGUAGACCUCUUUGUGUACUAGCUUUCUGUAUUUGUUCUAUCUGUGUCUCUUUCUACGGUGUAUUAAACUAUGUCCGCUGUUAAACGUUAUCUUUCCCAUACCUCUUCAUGUCAUAGUAUAACAUAAUACUAUUGCACACUGUAAUGUGUGGUAGGAAGCAGUAUUUCUACAUAUUUACAGUUAGCAGGGAGUGAAAUACACACACACACACACACACACACGUUCAAUAUUCCUUUCAUGCCCCGAACAAUGCACGCUGUCAAUCCAAAACAGGAUUACCUGAUUGGCAGGUUGGGAUGAAAGGCAAAUGUGUAGAUUGGUUGCUUUUUGCAUCUAACGUAUAGAUUGCAUUCUUUGUUGGCGUGGAUAUAAAUAAUAUUUACAUGCCAAAAACCCUUCUUUUUGAAUUAGACAAUGACAAGAAUCAUGACAUAAGCAUUUAGAGAUAAGGAGAACAGAGGUAUUGGUACGGAUAAAAGAGAAGAAAGAGACUAGAGAGAGAGAGCUUUUUAAAUGUCACUCUGAAUGUAAAUACAACCCAAAAGAUUGUGUUAUUUAGCAAUGAGUUUGUUUGAUACCAAGUGUGUGUGUUUUAAAACUCUUGUCUUAAGUUUACUUCAAAUGUUGCAAGUAGUUUUAUUGUAUUUUUUUGUAAUGAACCUAUGAAUUCAUAUUUUUCCUGUAUUGACACCUAAUUACAGUGAUUUGACUGUUUUAGAAAAAUCGUUAAUAGAUAAGCAAAAUAUAAACAAAAAGCCAAAAAAAAUUAUAAUAAUCCUCCCACCAUUCCUUAAAUGUUGCAAAACAAGAUAAAAAUUUACAAAAAAAGAAAAACACAUUUUGCAUCAAUAGUAGUAGAAGUGCGCACGUGAAAUUUGGUUCUGUGUGCCAAGAUUACAUCAGUAGCUUUUGUUGUUUUAGAAUAUACAGUAGAACCAAUACCAACCCAUUGAAAGCUGAGGUUAAACUUAUGCUAAUGGCCAUCAUGUCCAUUAAGUUUUCCUGGCUUGUAAGGGGCACUUCGCCUUCAUUUUUUGUGUGUCCCUUUAAGCAUUACAGUACAGUGAGUAUCCGUGUUGAGAGAGUCUAUGUUUAUGUCCCAAAUGGCACCCUAUUCCCUGGUCAAAAUAAUGUACUAUACAGGGAAUAGGGUGCCAUUUCGGACACUCAUCGUGCUGAGGCCAUGUGAUGAUGAGGACGGGAGGAAGGGAGGCAGUGAGCUAGCUUGUGAUGAAGCACCACAGGGAGUAUAUGCAAUGUGCUGGUUCUGCCGUCACUGCUCACCCCACUCAAACUAGCCUACAGUCUACCCAGAGACAGACCCGGGUUCAAAUAAGUUUCAUUUUCUUUCAGAGGAGAGUUUGAUUGAGCCUGCCUGGAUUGCAAGAUGGGCGGAGACAACGGUUUACACUUUUGGGGCCACUCUAUUGGGUCCAUUGUGCCAGAAGCACAGCUUAAGUAGUUGAGAAAAAAACAAACACUAUUUGAACCCAGGUCCUACUGCAAGCCAAGCUAUCAUCCACUGUUCAUUUACAGUGAGUCCCAGGGAAAUGGGAUAGAGAAAAGGGAUCGUCUCUGGCUUGGCAGGAAGGCAAUCGGUGCAUCCGCAUUGGCACCCUAUUCCUCACACAGUGGAUGUGUACACUAUAUAGGGAAUAGCGUGCCAAUUCAGACGCAGCCAGUGAGUCUGACCUAAUGAGAGGUUUGAGUGAGCUCAGCUCCCUGUAGUUUGCUGUUACAGACACACUCAGGACAACAACAAAAAAAAUCAAUUUCAGAAAUCUAUUUUCAUACAGAAUAAUAUUAAUGAUAAAAUGAAAUAAUAUGCCAAUUAUUCUCUCAUGACUAUGGAUUGUGUCUCAAAUGGCAUCGUUAUUCCCUGUGUAGUGCACUACUUAUGACCCGAGCCAUAUGGGCCCGGUGUUCAGGGAUAGCACUAUGGGCCCUGGUCAUAAGUAGUGCACUACAGAGUGCCAUUUCAGACACAUCUCGCUGCUAACCAUCUGUGCUUGUCAUGGUGUGACGUCAGUAGUGUCAGGGCAAGUGAUUAGCUUUGAAUGAAUGAGUUGGGGAAUAAGUGAACUACUGAACACACAGAUACUCACUCUACUGCCUGCCUUUCUAGCUAUCGCUGCUUUUGAUUUUCCAUGUGGUCAGUGAGGGGAUCGUCUAAGCCAGGUCUAGUGCUAGCAUUUCUUACUUUCCCCUCUGUUACUUUCAUUUCCAUGUUUUCUUUUAUACUUACAACAUAAAUUCAAAAUGAAAAGUGAAUUUUAAUUGCAUAUAGAAGAGAAUGACAGCAUCAGCUUCAUUAGGGUAUGAAAUGUAUGAAUUUACAGUCGUGAUGGAGGGAGGGGACGGAUACUGUGUAUUUCACUGCCUGAGGGGAGACCGAGUCCCUCUGUGUGGUGUGUUUGGGGUCCCAUUAGCACAAUGGAACUGGGGGAUUGGAGGGUACUGUAGUGUAUUGGUAGUCUGAUCCCAGAUCUGUUUGUGCUGUAUGGCCAACUCCUAUGGUCGAUAUCAUGCUAAUGUCAUAGGAGUUGGCAGGACAGCCUAACCAGAUCUGUGACCGGGCUAGUGUGUUCCUGCUAAUUGGUUGAGACGGAAGUGGAGCGGGUUGAUUGGUUAGGGAGGGGGUCACUGUGUGGAGUGGUGUUGUACUAUAUGUUAUGGGUCCAAUGACAUUGUAACGAUCUGCAUUAUGAAUCAGCCACUUGUAACUAAAUAUGUGACAGUGAAUUAAAUAAAGAACCUUGGACUAAUCGGAACCAAAAGAG